AUGUUGACGACGUUCGGCCUGCGGUCAGCAGGCAAGAAGAUCCUCGUACAAACGCCGGGUCGACAGGUACGAUUUUACUCUGCUCCGGGCGAUCGCGCCAUUCCUGCGGCCAAACAAAAAUACGUCCCGACCGAAGGCACAUAUCCCAAGGGCUUCCUUGUUGGGAGCGCCCACGCCGGUGUCAAGGCCAGCAACACCAAAUAUGACGACCUCGCGCUGGUCAUCUCGGAUCGUCCAUGUGUCGCAGCAGCACUCUUCACCAAGAACAUCUUCAAGGCAGCUCCUGUACAGCUGUCGAUGCAGACAUUGAAAGAGAGGCAGUCUAAAGGUAUCGAGGCUGUGGUGGUGAACUCGGGAUGUGCCAACGCUGUCACAGGAGCUUUGGGACUGAAGAACGCUGCAAGAAUGGCUCAAGAGAUCGACGGCCUGCUCAGCAAAGAACAGUCAGACGCAUCCUCAAGUGAGGAGCCUUCUCGGACAUUGGUGAUGAGCACUGGUGUUAUCGGCCAGAACCUGCCGAUUGAGAAGAUGAUCAACGCCUUCCCCAAGUUACAUUCUAGCAUUGGCGAUACUCACCAACAUUGGCUCAACACAGCUCAAGCCAUCUGCACGACCGAUACCUUCCCGAAACUUAUCUCGAGGACCUUCACCCUGCCGUCGCAUCCGGAGACCACCUACAGCAUUGCAGGUAUGACCAAAGGUGCGGGUAUGAUUCAUCCCAACAUGGCAACACUCCUGGGCAUCAUCUGCACCGACUGCAGCAUUGACACCGAAUCCAUUCGACCCCUCCUCCGUGCCAACAACAUCCGCUCCUUCAACUCCAUCUCCAUCGACGGUGACACCAGUACCAACGACACAGUCGCACUCCUCGCCAACGGUGCUUCUACACCAAAUGGCGUCGCGCCCCUCGUUGCCCCACACGUCACAUCUUCGGACGCCGCACUCCAAGACGGCCUCGCGUUCCAUGCCGUCCUUGCGGAAUUCAUGACCGACCUCGCGAAGCUCGUCGUGCGCGACGGCGAAGGCGCGACCAAAUUCGUCCGAAUCCGCGUCCGUGCUAGCGGCAACAUCCGCAAGUCACAAGAUGUCGCGCGCAGCAUCGCCUGCUCCUCGCUCGUCAAGACCGCGCUGUACGGCAAGGACGCCAACUGGGGCCGCAUCCUCUGCGCCGUCGGCUACGCCCAAGACGUCAUGCCCGGGAACCCCGACACCACGACCAAAGUCGUCGUGCCGGAACGCACCAGCGUGUCCUUCGUGCCGACCGACGGCAGCGCGGAGCUGAAGCUCCUGGUGCGCGGCGAGCCGCAAGACGUGGACGAGGUGCGCGCCAAGGAGAUCCUCGAGAUGGAGGAUCUGGACAUCCUGGUCCGCUUGAACGAUGACCCAGCGACGCCGGACCCGGAGGCGGUCUAUUACACCUGUGAUUUCAGCCACGAGUACGUCACCAUCAACGGCGAUUAUCGGACAUAG